AUGGUUUUUAAUCUUAAUGACGAUGGAGAGAGGGCUGGUGGCAACAAUGCCACUACCGCUGAGACAUCGAGCAAUCGUGUCGUAGUCAGUGGCAUGUCUGCACUCAUGCCAGGAUGCAACGACCUCGAAGAGUUCAAUAAGAAACUUUAUAAUAAGGAAAAUUUUGUAGUCAACCAGGAACCUCUUUGGCAUAGCAAUCACCCCGAGGUGACUCCGUAUCGCGGGAAAAUAGCAGACUUAGACCGUUUUGACGCGCAGUUCUUCAUGGUACACUAUCGGCUGGCACAGUCCUCUGAUUCCACAAGCCGAAAGGUACUCGAACAAACUUAUCAAGCUAUCAUUGAUGCUGACCAAAACCACCAUCGUAUGGUUUUGUACAUGGUCCUUCGGAGUCGGAUAGUCAAGUCGCGAGUGGUGAUUAGUGGUUCCGGCGGUGGUGAUAAUCCACCCUGCGUGCGUCAAAUACUGGGCAGUGGAUCGCUGUCCAGAGCAAACCCUCCCUCGGCGGGCACCAAGUGCGGUGACCGGAGAUUGGGAGGCAUCAGUGAAGUGCAUCAGCUGUUGCCGAGAGCCGAGUAG